AUGGCCACCACCACCGCCCCCAUUCCUGUUGCCACAUACGGCAAGGACUCCAAGAUUGCCGAGUCCGUUUCCGAAAAGCUUCUCCCAGAGUAUGAAGUCGUCCACUGCUCCCUCUCGCUGCCUUCAGCCUUGGAAGAGCUACCAGCGCUCUUCGCAGGCGACCUGACCAAGGUGCCCGCGUCGGGGUUGGGCACCAACGCGGCCGUCACCGACCCGGCCCAGCGCAAGACCCCCCAGGCCGUCUUCUUUGGCGGCGGCUUCACCGACGACGAGUACGAGGCCAUCGUCAAGGCCGUCUGCGAGGCGGUCGAUAAGAGCCAAAACGGAGCAACCAACGGAAACAACAAGGGGGUCCAGUUCAUCAAGGUCCAGAAACGCGAUGUCCUGGCUGCGGGCUCGUUCGGCCCCAACGCGGAGGUCAUUGCGCGCAUCUUUAAGCGCAAGAUGGCCGCCGCCUUGGAGGCGGCGUAG